AUGACGAUCGCUUACAGUUUCAAGUCUACCCUGGAGGCAAUCAAUGGUAGCGAAGGCGCCGGCGACGACAGGUGCCUGGGCAAGGUCUACCCCACCGGCGACGGGCUUGCCGUUGGAGAGAAUGCCCGCGCUGUCAGACGCUCGCUGGUGCGUCAGGUGGGCCGCCGAGGUCACGAACAGAGACCGUGUUCCGCCAAGGAGGGUCUAAGGUCGUAUUCGAGAGGAGGGAGACUUCACCACGGGCGUUUCGCUGUUCCGGGUACACCCCGAAGAGCAGAGUCGUCCGCCUACCACUGA